AUGACGACAGGGGAGGCAGAAAUCAACGCCGCCGCCAGUACCACAGCACUCUUCUUCUCGAGUUUGUUCGAUUUUACGAAGACGUACUUCCUUAUUGCCGGCAUUGGAGGUGGCAAUCCUUAUCGUGUUACGACUGGAAGUGCUGUGUAUGCACGAUUCGCUAUCCAGAGUGCUCUGCGGGAAGCGCCGUCAAACUGGACGACCGGCUACUGGGCCUUUGGGACCUCAGCAUCAUUUCAGUACCCCGGUUAUAACAAUUGGUACGGCACGGAGAUAUUUGAGCUCAAACACCAAUCUAUUGGCGCGGGUGAUGGACCUCGCGAAGGACACGAUACAGCUCAGGCUGCCGCAUAUCGUGCUCAAUGGGACUUGCCCCUGCCAACUCACCUCCCACAAUCGUUCAAUGUGAUGUCACGACGUCGGAUGUUUGGUUCACCGGCGAGCUUCUCUGAAACACCAUGGAAAACAUCACGAGUGGUUGGACGAAUGGUACCGCAAAGUACUGCGCGAGUGCCGAGGAAGACAACGCGACCCUCAGUCAACUUUGAUCGUGCUCCUCCUGGAUUGACAACCUAUCAAGCAAUAGAAGAAAAUGAGCAAGGGUUCGAGAUCGGACUUCAAAACUUCCUCAUGGCCAGCUGGCCAGUUGUUAAGGAGGUACUGUUUGUUUCCGGGCCGCAAAGACCUGAUACAGAUGACACCUCUCAGAUUGUAUAUGACUGGAAGAACUGGGAGAUAGGUACCCCUCCCCCGAUAAACGAUACCAGCUACGGUGACGUGUUCGGAAUCUUGCGCACGAAUGGCACUGGCACGCUUUCGCAUGGCGUGGGCACGGACCUCAACACGACGGAGAGCAAUCUGUCGCGCCGAUCGUAG